GCGGAAGUAAACAAUGCGCUAGCAUCGUUAGCGUCAUUAGCAUCGCUGUGUUUGUGCUGGUUGGGAGGCGGUGUUGGGUGUGAGGUGAGUGUGGAGGCUCUGCAGCAACAUGUCUUCAGCUCAGGCUCUCAGAGAGUUUAUCAGCGAGCGGCUAACUGCUGCUGCUGGAGAAAUAUUCUCCGAGUUUGAAAGAACCAUCGUCCGCUACGAGGAGGAGAUCGAUCGUCAGCGCAGACUGCUGGAGACGAGCCGGAAACCACGGAUCUUACACCCAGCAGAACGUCCACCGCGUUACGACUGGAAGGAGGAGGAGCUAACUGACCUGCAGGACCGUAACCAGAACAGGAAGUCAUGUGACCAGAAGCAGCCAGAACCUACACGAGAUGAACCUGAACCUCAGCGUAAGGAACCAGAAGGUCUGCUUAUGAAAACUGACCAGGAUGCAUCAGAACCUCUGCCGUCAACAGUGGACCAGGAUGAAGGUGUACUGAAGCAGGAGACAGAGACCUUUAUGGUGACUCCCGGUUAUUCAGACAGAAACCAGAGUGAACCAGAACCAAACAGAGACCAGCUUCUCUCUCAGAGCCAUCCUGAAAGUGAGAACCAGUACCGGGAGGAAAGCAGGAACAAAGAGUCCGGAUCAAACGGAGACGAAGAGCUGAGACCAAACCAGAGAUGUCCUCAAACCAGGGACGAUAGAGACGGUCCCAGAGUGAGAAGGUGCAGGAGAACUCACACCCGUGAGAAGCUGUUUUACUGUGAAACUUGUGGUAAAUGUUUCUCACAGAUUGGUAAUUUGACCGCCCACCUAAGGGUCCACACAGGGGAGAAGCCGUUUACAUGUUCAGUCUGUGGGAAAAGCUUCAGUCAGAGCAACAAUUUACCCUCUCACAUGAGGACUCACACAGGUGAGAGGCCAUUCCCGUGUGACACCUGUGGGAAAAGCUUCAGCCACAGGUGUUCUUUAGUUUAUCACAUGAGAACUCACACAGGUGAGAAGCCGUAUCCCUGUAGGAUCUGUGGGAAGCACUUCUCCCAGAAAGGUAACCUGUCUUAUCACAUGAGAACUGGACACAGGUGAGGAGCUGCUCAGCUGACUGAAACGGGUCGUAGGGACCGGGAACACAUCCUGGUUGAGGCUGGACAGGUGUUGCGUAUCGUUCGCUACCACCAUCUCCUGCUAAUGGCCUGAUGGCUCCAACACACCCGGCAGCUUCAGCAGGAGAACCAAACCCAAAUGAUCCUUCAGAGUUCCCACAGCUGUGAAUGACGUCUUUAUGGCCUUCGGCUCUUCGACUACAUUUCUUAGAUCAUAAAGUGUGUUUUAGGGUUCGGGGACGCACGUCUGCGUCUCUUAGUGGGUCCAACUUUAACGAACUGGCAUAAUGAACUGAAGUCAACUGGAAUGUGGAAGUGUCUUGAAGUCACUCUUGUCGUGAUUUGGUGCCGAAUGGAGUUUAGAAAUUGUAGAAAGGAAAAUCUACGGGAUGUUAGGGUGAUGAAAGGGAAACUCAGACAUCCAGUUUGCUUGAAUUCUGCUUUUUCGUUUGUUUUAGAAGACAGGGACUCUGAGGCACGCUUGACCUGCUCUUUAAGAACUCAUUAAAAAGCAUGUUGUAGGUUAGCCGAUGUUUAGAAACACAACAGGAACUGGUGCUAAAUACGUCUUACACAUUCAUUUAUUAUUGGGAGUCGUUUUUGUGAAGAAAAAUGUGUUUUUCUGCCAGAAUGGGAAGGAGACCUGUUGGUUUGACCCAGGGAAAAUAUGGACUCUGAUGCCGGCUCUGACACGGGAAACAAGACGACCUGAAACAUCUCAUGGUCCUGAGUAGUCAGACCCUUUGCUGUGACUCGUGUAUUUAACUCAGGUGCUUUCCAUUUCUUCUGUUAUAGAAAUUUUAUAUUUUAUUAUUUUUGAUCAUUACUCCUAUCAACUGAAGGUAUUACUCUAUGCCUGAAAGCAUUCUCAUUCAUUCACACACACACACACACACACACACACACACACACACACACACACACACACCUUCUGUCCCUGAUGUUCUCUGCAGUGUGUGCCUCAAGCCUUUGCUUGAACACCUGCCCUGAUUGCAAACAGUAGCUUGUCUCGUUAAUGAUCUCUCCUUUCUGUCCGACUGCAGGUAUUAGGUGAUUGAUAAAAUCACUAACAUAAUCUGAUCCUUCGAGCCGGGAUUAUGUUAUGUCAUCCUUGACAUGGUCCUGCCCCUUCAUUGGAGUCCAGCUGUUUUAAGCCACACCUGUCUAUAGAAGACCUUAGAGCUCACAAUGUAUGUCAGAGCAGAUGAGAGUCAUGAGGUCACAGGAACUGUCUGAGGAGCAGAGACAGUGUCUGGUUCGAUGACAUCACUCUGGUGAAGCGCAUUCGUAGUCCUGGACUCAAUUUUCGCACAAAACCUACGAUAGCGUUGCCCCUGUUAGAAAAUAAGCGCGUUCUUGGUAUCAAAAUGUGUGUGUAAAAUUCAUGGACAUCAUAUGUGAAAUCCAUGGCACAAAACAAGCGGAAUUAGAAAAAAGCCUUUUAGCCGCGUUGACUUCCACUCAUGUUUUCAGACCGAGUGAGGGGAACAGAUAACAAGUUUAGGUUCUAUCUCUGCCUUUUUCAUUUUUUAUUUCUGCAAACCUGUUUUGUGUUUUGUUUUUAUUUGUGAAUACAUGAAAAACUUUAAAAAAUAUAUAUUAAAAAAUUUAAGAUGCACCUGGAAAGACAGAGUACUGUCCAACUCCAAGGCUUUUGACCUGCACCAAACAGGUAACCGAGAUAUUCUCACAGGCGGGUGCGGUACAAUGAGCUCGUUUGGUGCCCCGGCUGCAGACAUCCCAUCGCGUCAGUUUUACGCUGCAUUGGGAUCUGCUGUCCGAAAAGGGGAAACCCCCUUUUCUGACAUAAGUGACGAAAAAAGGUACUUUUGGUGUCAGGGGUGUGACGCGGAGGGUGGCUGACCAAGCGUUUGUUUGUGAGGCGCUGGGAGUGACAGACAGGGGGUGGGUGGGGUCUGAGUCAACUGUAUGAGAUGCCUGAAGUUAAUCACACCUUAAUGUUCUUCCAUAUAUAGCACAUUUAAUUCAUAAUAUUAUAAAUACCGGGGGGGGGGGGGGGGGGGGGGCUCAAGGGAUGUCUUGCCAGGGGAGUAAUUCCAUGUAGAACCGCCACUAGGCUAGAGAGAAGCUGCCAGCCUUCACCAGAGUCGAUAUUGUACCCAUGAGAAUCACCUCAGUUUUCAGGAUAAGUUGGAGGAAGUUUUUGGAAAACCAAGACCUGAGUUCUGUCAAACAUUCAAUGAUAGAAGGAGGUGGAAGAGAAUCAGACUGAGAGGUAGAGACAUAGAGCUGGGUAUCGUCAGCGUAAAAAUGAAACUUGAUGUUUAAUUCCCUAAAGAUGGCCCCUAGGGGAAGCAGAUAAACUUUAAAAAGAAGAGGUCUGAGUACAAAACCUUGUGGAACCCCAGUAGACACUACAGAUGGAGAGGAGUGAACAGUCUUGAGUUGAAUGAAGUGAGUCCUAUCAGACAUAUGAGUGAAACCCCUGAAGCACCGUUCCAGAUACCCCUACAUGGCCAACAGGGGGAGUGAGAGACCAUGUCAAAUGCAGCACUCAGCUCUAAAACAACCAGGAUGGAAAAAGUCCUUAGUCAGCUACCAUUAAGAAAUAAUUUGUUAGACUGUUUCAGUACGGUGAUGUGGGCAGAAACCUGAUUGAAAUGGCUUGACUUGGUCAUUGUUCGUUGCUAAAUGUAUACAGAGCUGUGAAACAACCGUUUUCUCCGGGAUUUUAAAACUUGUCCCGUGUAAGUUUUUCAGAUGAUGUGGCAUGCAUCACAUGUGAAACAAACACACUCAGGCAUCUGUUUCCUGUCGGCAUGAGCCUUUGGACAGUUCAAGCUCUGAAAAACUGGCUGAUUCAAGGUAAUCCUGGGUAUUUCUUUGUCAGUCUAAAAUUAUGAUUUGUCUACUGUUGCAUUUUCAGGUUCUGAAGCUCACCAGGCGCUCGCAGCGAUCGUUCUAGAGUCUAAAACGAUCGCUGCGAGAUAUUCUAUUAUUAUUCUAUCGUAUUAUUAUAUUCUGCCUUAAAUUACAUCUUUUUGCUAGUCUUUGUAUGUGCUUUCAGGUGUCAAGCAGUUGAGGAACUGCUGUGUUACACUGAGCACUUACGGAUGAUCAAAGCUGACAUGAAGCUCCGCUUCAGGGACCUUCAGAACCUGCAAGUACCUGACUGGAUUCUGGAGCCUUUUCAGGUGGAUGUAUUUGAAAAGGAACCCAUAAUCCAGGAGCAUCUCAUUGACUUACAAAAAGAUGAGGAGGCACAAGCUACAUUUCGCACAUCUGGCUGGCAUGUGAUGUGGACUGCGCAUGGCCACCGUUUUCCUACAUUGUGGGAAAAAGCCCAGAUUCUGCUCCUAGCUUUUCCCACUUCUUAUCUUGUUGAGCAGUGAUUCAGCCAGGUACUGUACUUGCAUUCAAAAUACCGAAACCGGCUAAAGUCUCAGGUGCACUCAGGCUCAAGUUAACAUCUCUCAAUGCAUCCAUAAAAACACUUGCAGCAAAUCACCAGGGACAAGAGUCUCACUAAUCUACCCACAGCGAUGAUGACUCUAAGCUAUUUUUUAUAAUUCUUUUUUAAUGACAUAUUUGUAUUAAACAGUUUCAAAGUCGAG